CAGGAGCCGCCUGGAAUGGGCGGGGCUAGCACGGCGACGGGGGGACGUGAUUGGUGGUGGGGGUUCCAGUCGAGCCGGGUGCGGCGACGUCAUUGCUCUCAACAGGCUCCCGCAGGCGGCGGCGGCCAAUCAGGUCGGAGAGCUCGCGUGUGGGGGCGUGGCGGCAGCUCCAGGGUUGAUAGUUGUUACCUUGAGGGAUUAGACGCACACACAAGUAUCAGCUCUGCAGUGAAGCUAAGUACUGUAGAGUGUAUCAGGAGUGUUGGCGGGGCUGUGAGGCGAGGCGUCGCCCCUGUGUUGGUGACUCACCAUCGAAGUGCUGUGUGCCGCGUACCCUCGCACCCGUGUGCUGCUCCGUCUGUACCGUGCACCGUCGGACUCACACAAUCCACCAAACUGGCUUCUGCCGAGACCGCUACCAUGCCGGACCAGGACCUGGCCUCUAAAUACAUGGACCUGCCCCAGCAGGGGCUGGCCACCAUGGCCCACACGCCGCCUUACGCGCAGCCCCUCGGCUACCAGCAGCCACCGACGCCGGGCUACAAUCCGCCGAGCUACAGCUUCCCUCCGAUGUAUCCUCAAAACUCGUACCCGGCCUACUCCACCAUGGGCUCCUACCUCACCUCGCAGUGCCCCUCGCCUUCCGUCGACGGCAAACGGGACGCGGAUAAUCUGCUACAACCAUUCAACACUUACUCGUACUUCAGCCCUGCUGAAGAGCGAUUCAUGCCUGAAAAACCAGACGAUGAGGGUUCGGUCAGAGUGAGCGGAAAGGGCAAGAAGAUGAGGAAACCGCGAACGAUCUACUCCUCCCUCCAGCUGCAGCAACUCAACAAGAUCUUUCAGAGGACCCAGUACCUCUCCCUGCCGGAACGCGCAGAAUUGGCCGCCAAGCUGGGACUCACACAAACACAGGUGAAGAUCUGGUUCCAAAACCGACGGUCAAAAUACAAGAAGAUGAUGAAGGCAGCGCAGACUGGCGGGUCUGGAGUUCCCCAGGGGGCGCCCGUGGGCCCUGGCUCUCCCCUUAGUUCCUCUCCACAGUCGACCACUUCCCCUCUGCACACCUACACUACUCCCACCCCGCUGAGCCCCCCGCCCCAGACACAAUCGCCUUGUCAGACUUCACUCUCUCAGGGGCUGCCCCUGACCCAGCCUUCCCCCCACACCACCCUUGUCCCCAUCUCCCACUCUGUUUCUCAUCCCCCGCCGGGGUCCCUGUCCAUGGGCCACCACCACCCCGGCCAGCACCCUCCACCACAGCUUACUCCCUGUCCACCGCCACACUCUCUAUCGCAGCCCCCACACCCACACCACAUACCCCAUGCAGCUUCUCCCCAUUCCCAUCCGCCACCAUCCCACUCCGGCCAGAUGCCCCCGCACGCCCACGGGCCUCCCCAGCACCCGCCCACGCCUACCAGCCAGUCUCACGACUCCCACGGCUCCCCCAGCAUGUGUGCCCCUGGUCCCCCCGGGGCGUCGUGCCCGCCCCCUCCGCAGCACCACAUGAACCACCCGCCCCACGCCGGCUACAUGCCGCCCACUUCCAUAGCACCGCCGCCCGUGUCCUCCGCAGACCACAUGGCGCUGCCGCCGCCCUCCUCGUCGCCUGGCCUGGUCGCUGCCCACCACUGGGACAUGAAGCCUCCCGCGUCGGCACCCUACAUGUACUCCUGGUACGCCCCGGACCAGCAGCACCUCCUGACCUAGGCCGCCACGCCAGCACCGCCCGCAGGGCUGCACCGCCGCUCUGCGUGGCCCAGAUACGGCCCGCCGUGUGGCCUGCGUGGCCCGAGGCAUCAGAGCCGGGACCAAAGAUGACUAGCAGAGCCCAAGGGCAUCCCAAAGAUUUUGUGCAAUAUGCUCGCCAUAUUGGCGAUGAUACGGUGGAGGGCGGCCGGGCAAGAUGGCCACGGAGGCCUGUGCGACUCACCGCCGGUGGCCGCCUCGGGGCCAGAGGCUAGUGGCGUCUAGUGGGGGUGAGUGCCAAGUGUGAAGUGGUGGCUGGGCCCUGUCAGCCCUGAUGACUGGGCCACCCUGCCAGUUAAGCUUUAUGAGGAACAUGUGCGCCUCUCACUGCUGUUGUGUACAUGUGAAGUGAGUAUAGUGACGAAGGGCUUGGGUCUCCUUUUUGCCUUGCCUUACACCCUUAGUGUUUCCUCGUGACCAGCUUUUUGGCCGCAGUGGUGUAGUAACGUGACGUGUGAGACAAGUAUUGUACUUAAACACAAAACAAUAUUCCUUUAUUAUCGUCGCAUCGCAAGAGGCAAAGGGAAGACAAGUCCUUCACGCUCGGCGGCUCGGGCCUCCCACUAAAGUCGCCACAAGCAGCACUAAACCUAACUGCCGGGAACCACUACCGUGAACUUCUACAGCCUUUACAAGGAUCUUGUGUGGGUAACGUUGUUUGCUUGGUGCCCCGAGGACCGCUGAGUGCUGUGGUGGUGCAGUGAGGUGGUGUACUGAAGCACAGUCCGAGAGGACACAAGUCGGGCACAACACACUUCCCAUUGUCUUGACCACGACAGCAAGACGCGAUGAGACCCUCACGUCGCCAGGCGCUUGACGCCACUCUUGGCCGGCCGCUCUCCACAUCUGCACACAUGACUAUGUCCUGCGAAGUCCCUUAGAGGACACGCCCUCGGCAGUCCUCGCGCUGCCGACCGAAGAAUGCCAAAUGAAAGCCGAGUAUUACGUGUCUCCGCGCCGGCCGCCGCACCUGUCUCUCCUACGCCGCUGAAGCGCCGGCUGUAUCUCGUCUCAUGUUUAUUUAUGUUAAAUUGUACAUAUUCAGACCACUGUUCCCCCUUCACAUCUCCCUUCUUCUCUUCUUCCAAAUCCCAGUUAUUCAUUCUGUCUCUUUCGCGUUGUACAAAGCUGUGCUCAAAGUAACUUAAAAUAUUUUUUGAUGUAAAUGCGUUUAUGUUCCAUAUUCAGUGUAAUAAACGUAAUGAUGAA